AAAGUUGCAGCUGUAACCUACAAAAUAUUAAUUCGUGAUAAUGCAUCUUACACAUUACAUAUCCUUUUUAUUUUUGUAUUGUUCGCUCGACUGCCAUGAACUUUCGGAAGAACCUGAUACUGGAAUAAUUGACAUCAUUGGACUUCCUGACAUUGAAACUAAACUUCUGUCCAAUAAUCAAUUGCGUAAACGUACUAGAGUUACGCUGCCUGCAGUGUGUGCAGGCUGCGUAUCCGAAGUUAAGAACUAUGAUAAACAACUAAUAGGAGACUUGAUUGAUAAGGCACUACACGAACUAUACCUAACGGAAAAUGUGGAAUACUCUCGAGGAAAAAUUAUAAAAGUAAAAUCUGGUGUAGUGGCUGGCAUCAUAUACUACAUAACUUUCCAAGCCACUAAAACUGACUGUAAGAAAAUGGAAUGUCCCAUCGCAGAAUGCCAGACAGAUAUAGUACAGAAGGCAUGGCUUAAUGAAACAAAUGUCAUAUGUGUCGAGUGUAACUGAAUCUUGAGAGUGAUGGUAAUGACAAUCGUAAUUCACAGUAAAAUGUAUUUUAACACUGUCUUGAUUAUACU